UGUGUAUGUGUGUUGGUGACUGUGAGUACGGGGAAGCAGCGGCCGCCAUUUCAGGGAGCUUGCCGACGCUGGCUGUCGCAGGGUUGGACUCGGAGCUGCCGAAGCCGCCGUCCUGCUCGUCCGCGCGGGCGCCUCUAAUCCCAUUGUUUCUUUUAGAUUCGCUCAGGCCUAGCCGCCUUCGGAGCCCGAUUUUCGGGUGGGGCGGUUCCGCGGCCUCGGCCUAGGGGCUUAAGAGUAGCCACAGCGGCAGCGGCGGCAGCGACAGCAGCAGGCUUUUCCCGAACCGACCACAGGUGUCCGAAAGCCCGCACAGGCGUUUAGAGAAAAUGGCAGACGAUAUUGAUAUUGAAGCAAUGCUUGAGGCUCCUUAUAAGAAGACUUGCCUAACGAUAUCUCACCUCUACUCCCAUGAAUUCACCUUUGAUUCCAGUGUGAACUGUCAAUCAUAAGGUAGUAAUUGAGUGACUUAUCGCUGUACCGUGGUCCCCUAGGUAAAAUGACUCAACUAAGAAUUACCAGCUCCAGUUUGGUAUAGCAAAAAGGUGAAUGUAGUGGUUUGGGAAAAGAGCAGGGGUCCAAGAAUAACAAAGAAUACCAGUCUAUGGCAAGUAAAUCUUUUAAUAAGAUAAGUCUUUCAAGAAGAAAUGGGUGAGAUUUAAAUUUUUAUAUAUAUUAAAAAGACUGGUGAUAGUUAAAACAGGCAGGUGGUGAUCUGCUUCUCAGUUAAUAAUUACUAAAAUUCUUGGAUCCCUGAUAGAAACUUUAACAAAAAGUCAAGAGGCAGUAUCACAGCUUAGAGUCACAUGAUGACUAAUUUACUUACUGUUCUCCAUAUUGUCUUGUUUUUAAUUAGGCCCUGUCAUAGUAUUUCACACAAAAACUACAAAGGAAUUAUUUUAGCUAAGAAUACAUUAUGACCCAUUUCAGUAUCACAGUUAAACUGUCUUUUCAUUCUUUCACCAGUUGGUGGUGAAAAUAGCAGUAUGCAUGCAUUAUCACUGGUGUCAAAAAUUGUAAGCUUUGUAAUUUAGCAGUUAUGCUCCUGUAGAUGAUGUGAUCAAACUUUAAAAUAAACAUUGCACUAAACCUUUUAAAAAUAAUACAUUUGCUUUUGAGUGUAUAGCACGACCAUGUGGUACCUUUUGGAUGAAUUCUGAUAGCUUUAAAAUAGUGUAUGUAGUUUUGUAAUGCUUAGACUCUUGAAGAAAGCUACUUUCUGUUUUAAUGUUUCUUGUCUUAGUUUAACGUGGAUAUACUUCCAUGUAAAACAGGUAUGGAAGUAGGAAUGUUUAGGCUGGACUGGUGGAUUAUUAAUUGACUUUCUUGGGUUCUUGGGAGUCAACAUUACUAAAGCAGUGUGAAUCCCUGUUUGCUUCAGGGCGAGAUGUGUGACAGAGGUGGCAUCAAGCUCUUACAGUCCCAACCCUCCAACGGAAAUGGGCGAAGAUCUCAGGAAUGGCAUCGGUCACAGGAAAUCGAUAGUGGCUGGCUGCUAGCAUGGCCACUUGGGGCUUAGGCAGAAAUAGAGCCAUGGUACUGACGAAAGGGACCAUAGCACAUGGAAUCAAACUCAACCAGGACUUCAUUCAUGUUUUACAGAAAUUAUAUUUAACCACUUCAAUAUCGUAAAUCCGAAUAACAAUGUCUAAACUAUGUAAGAAAGUAAAUUUUAACAUGUUAAUGUGGAGAUUUUUAUUUUUAUUUUUGUAUCUUGAUGACUAAGCAACAAAGUGGUUAAACACAUACCAUCUAAAUUUUUUUAUAGCCUUCCAUGAUAUACUAAAUAAGUAAUUAGUUUUAAAAUUGUUUUGUAUUUUCUUAUUCCUAUUCCCUUUACCCUUUGACAACUUGAAAUGUUACCACUUCGUCCUCAUGAUGUUCUUCUAUCAACCCUGCUUAGGAUGAGAACAAGUUGAGCAGUGCUAACGGCCAUGAAGAACGUAGCAAAAAACAAAGUUUCUGCCUCCUUGGAAAGCUCUACAUCUCCUUGUGAUUGGAGUGUGGGUUUCAAGAUUCCAGAAGGAGGAAAAAGAGCAAGAGCAGAAGUCGUAGUCAUGAACGCAAGAGAAGCAAAAGUAAGGAACGUAAACGAAGUAGAGAUAGAGAAAGGAAAAAAAGCAAAAGCCGAGAAAGGAAGCGAAGUAGAAGUAAAGAAAGGAGACGAAGCCGCUCACGAAGUCGAGAUCGCAGAUUCCGAGGACGCUACAGAAGUCCCUAUAGACGGCGUUCCCGAAGCAAAAGUCCAUUCAGAAAAGACAAGAGCCCUGUGAGGGAACCUAUUGACAAUCUAACUCCUGAAGAAAGAGAUGCAAGGACAGUUUUCUGUAUGCAACUGGCAGCAAGAAUUCGACCAAGGGAUUUGGAAGAGUUUUUCUCUACAGUAGGAAAGGUUCGAGAUGUGAGGAUGAUUUCUGAUAGAAAUUCAAGACGUUCCAAAGGAAUUGCCUAUGUGGAAUUUGUGGAUGUUAGCUCAGUGCCUCUGGCAAUAGGAUUAACUGGCCAACGAGUUUUAGGAGUGCCAAUCAUAGUACAGGCAUCACAGGCUGAGAAAAACAGAGCUGCAGCAAUGGCAAAUAAUUUACAAAAGGGCAGUGCUGGACCUAUGAGGCUUUAUGUGGGGUCAUUACACUUUAACAUAACUGAGGAUAUGCUUCGUGGGAUCUUUGAGCCUUUUGGAAGGAUUGAAAGUAUCCAGCUCAUGAUGGACAGUGAAACAGGUCGAUCUAAAGGAUAUGGUUUUAUUACAUUUUCAGACUCAGAAUGUGCUAAAAAGGCUUUGGAACAACUUAAUGGAUUUGAACUAGCAGGAAGGCCAAUGAAAGUUGGUCAUGUUACUGAACGAACUGAUGCUUCUAGUGCUAGUUCAUUCUUGGAUAGUGAUGAACUGGAAAGGACUGGAAUUGAUUUGGGAACAACUGGUCGCCUCCAAUUAAUGGCAAGACUUGCAGAGGGCACAGGUUUGCAGAUUCCACCAGCAGCACAGCAAGCUUUACAAAUGAGUGGCUCUUUGGCAUUUGGUGCUGUGGCAGAAUUCUCUUUUGUUAUAGAUUUGCAAACACGACUUUCGCAACAGACUGAAGCUUCGGCUUUAGCUGCAGCCGCCUCUGUCCAACCACUUGCAACACAGUGUUUCCAACUCUCUAACAUGUUCAAUCCUCAAACAGAAGAAGAAGUUGGAUGGGAUACAGAGAUCAAAGAUGAUGUGAUUGAAGAAUGUAAUAAACAUGGAGGAGUUAUUCAUAUUUAUGUGGACAAAAAUUCAGCUCAGGGCAAUGUGUAUGUGAAGUGCCCAUCAAUUGCUGCAGCUAUUGCUGCUGUUAAUGCAUUGCAUGGCAGGUGGUUUGCUGGUAAAAUGAUAACGGCAGCAUAUGUACCUCUUCCAACUUACCACAACCUAUUUCCUGAUUCUAUGACAGCAACGCAACUACUGGUUCCAAGUAGACGAUGAAGGAAGAUAUAGUCCCUUAUGUACAUAGCUUUUUUUUUUCUUGAGAAUUCAUCCUGAGUUAUCUUUUAUUUAGAUAAAAAUAAAGAGGCAAGGGUCUACUGUCAUUUGUAUACAAUUCCUGCUACUUUGAAAAAAUAAAAAUGUUAACAGGAAUACAGUGUGCUCAUUCUCCCUAAUUAGCAUAUCCCACUGUAUGCAAAGUUGUUCUCUUGUUCUGCCUUUUAAAAUGUUCAUGUAGAAAAUUACAUUAAGGAUCUAUAGGAAUAGCUCUAGGGGAAACAAAUGUACAUUCUGUCAAGGCAGACAAAUAUGUAAUGUUUUUAUUGUUUUAGGUGUCUUUUUAACAACAGUUACACUUCCCAUUUCACUAAUUUUGAUACUUGGCUCCUGAUUUAUCAAGGUUGUCUGGAAUUCACAUUUAUGUGUAUGGACAUGUAAGAUAGCUAAGCAGCUAUUUGGCUAGUAUCUCAUCUUGCAUAUACUGAUCAUCUGGCACAAGAAAGGGAGAUUUCAAAAUUUUAUUUCUUGAUGGUAACUUUUUAGUUAAAUGCACCUGUAAAAGUUUCUCUGUAAAUACUAUGUGUUCUAGUGUCUUUAAGAUUCCAAACAAAAUGAUAACUGCAUUUCCUGAAGGUAUUUAGUAACAGUCUGUUAAGCAAAGCACUCGAGCAGAAGUGGGAAAUGCAGAAAUAGGUUUUGUCUGGUUGCAUAUAUAUAAUCUUUGCUCUUUUUAAGCUCUGUGAGCUCUGAAAUAUAUUUUUGGGUUACUUCAGUGUGUUUGACAAGACAGCUUGAUAUUUCUAUCAAAUGACUUUCAUAUUGCAACAAUCUUUGUAAGAACCACUCAAAUAAAAUUCUCUUAAAAAGGCCACAAGAAA